CGUCAUCAACAUGCACCACGACGACUUUCGCUCUCUCGCUCGCUCCUCCUUUACCGCGGCAACCAACAGGCUAACUGUUUUGACGUCCGUGUGAAGGCGGAGCCUGGCUCAUAGAGAUAGAACAACAAUAGAGUCCCACAUCUAAAACUAAUGAUCCGAAGUUUAAAUAGCCGCCCCCCCUCCUGAAUGUCCCUGCAGAGGAGAAGGCCUUUUAACCCUAGAGGGACCAUGAGAUAGAGCGACACCACUCUUGAGUUCCUCCUCGCCAAUUCCGAUGUUUACCGGAAGUCCAUGCUUCUUGCCGUUCUAGUAUUUUCCUACCCGAUCUCUCUAUGACCUAGUCGUAGCUUUCUUCUUCACAGUUGUAGUUUCUAGCCGGACGCUAACGAAGGCUGGACUUUCCCGGGUGCUGGUUUUUGCUGCCUUCCCGUGCCCUGGUCGCCUCAUGGCUUUCAACUUUGGGGCAGCCACUGGCGCUGCAGCCGCCACAAACCCUGUGGGAUUUGGUGGGCUUGAAACGGCAAACUCCACUGCCAGUGGGUUUAAUUUUGGGGGUUUUGGAUUAACUGCUAACCCUGCAGUGAAUUUUAAUAUUGGGAAUUUUGGUGUGUCUACUACCUCGGCGCCACCAUUCAAUUUUGGUAACAGUCUGGCCAGUGCAGGCGCUUUUGGAGGGUUUGGGGCAACAACCGCUCCAGCUGGAUCUACAUUUAGCUUCUCAGCUCCUGCCAACACUGGUACCACUGGGCUUUUUGGUGCUACCCAGAACAAAGGUUUUGGGUUUGGAACCGGCUUUGGGGCAGCAGCAGGCACUGGAACUGGCCUUGGAACUGGUUUGGGAACUGGGUUGGGAUUUGGAGGUUUCAACACCCAGCAGCAGCAACCAACUCUUGGAGGCCUCUUUAGCCAGCCUGCUCAGGCCCCUACCCAGUCCAACCAGCUGAUCAACACAGCAAGUGCCCUUUCUGCACCCACACUACUGGGAGACGAGCGAGAUGCUAUUCUGGCCAAAUGGAACCAGCUGCAGGCAUUUUGGGGCACAGGGAAAGGGUACUUUAACAACAACAUUGCCCCAGUGGAGUUCACACAGGAAAACCCGUUCUGCAGGUUUAAGGCUGUGGGCUACAGCUGCAUGCCCAACAACAAGGAUGAGGAUGGUCUGGUAGCAUUGGUCUUCAAUAGAAAGGAAGCAGAGAUUCGGAGUCAGCAGCAGCAGCUUGUGGAAUCAUUGCACAGAAUCUUGGGGUCUAACCAGACUCUCACUGUCAAUGUCGAAGGUGUAAAGACCUUGCCAGAUGACCAGACGGAGGUAGUUAUUUAUGUUGUUGAGCGGUCCCCAAAUGGGACUUCAAGGCGAGUUCCAGCUACCACUCUGUAUGCGCACUUUGAACAAGCAAAUAUCAAAAACCAACUGCAGCAGCUUGGAGUUACCUUCACCAUGGCCAGGUCAGAACUCUCUCCAGCACAGAUCAAGCAGCUGUUACAGAAUCCUCCUGCAGGAGUUGAUCCUAUCAUCUGGGAACAGGCCAAAGUGGAUAAUCCAGAUCCUGAAAAGCUGAUUCCAGUGCCAAUGGUUGGCUUCAAAGAACUCUUGAGAAGGUUGAAGGUUCAAGAUCAGAUGACGAAGCAGCAUCAAACCAGACUGGAUAUAAUAUCGGAAGACAUAAGUGAGCUUCAGAAGAACCAGACAACAACAAUGGCCAAAAUAGCUCAAUACAAGAGGAAACUAAUGGAUCUUUCACACAGAACGUUACAGGUGUUAAUCAAGCAAGAGAUCCAAAGAAAAAGCGGUUAUGCCAUCCAAGCAGAUGAGGAGCAGCUCCGUGUGCAGUUGGAUACAAUUCAGUGUGAACUCAAUGCACCUACACAGUUCAAGGGUCGGCUGAAUGAGCUGAUGUCUCAGAUCAGGAUGCAGAACCACUUUGGAGCAGUGAGAUCUGAAGAGAGGUACUACAUUGAUGCAGACCUCUUGCGGGAGAUCAAGCAGCAUUUGAAGCAGCAACAGGAGGGUCUGAGUCACCUGAUCAGCAUAAUAAAAGAUGACCUGGAAGAUAUAAAGCUGAUAGAACAUGGAUCAAAUGAGAGCAUCCCUAUCAGAGGAGGUGUCUUCAGCUGAUGGGUCUCUGGAGGCCAAUGGAACAGUUGCUUUUCUCCAUGGCUAAAACUCCACCAGGUGUUCUGAUCAAUAAACCUUAGCAUAAGUUCAAAGAGAGCUCCAGUGCUUCUGGCCUUUAGUUUUUCAACUUCAGUCUUCAAGAGGUUUACAUUUAUAAAGCUGCACUUGAUUUCAAGAAGAAAGAAAUGUAGAUUUCAGAUGCUUCUCUGAUCUAAGCCUGCAUUUGUUCAUCAGUUUUGUUUUUAAAAAUCAAAACAAAACAUUGAGAAUUGAAAUCUUGAUGGGAGACAUUGCCAUUUUUCCACAGCAAUCACAACACAAAAGAACUGCUAGUUUUUGUGUGUGCAAAACAUUGUCCAGUCUGCCUAGACACACUGCUUAAAUAAAGUUUUUGAACUCUGUUUUUUGAAGGGGAGACAGCUGAUCUAAUGUGCUCGUGUGCUGCUUUGGACAAGUUGUGGGGAAAAUGCACUGGAGAAAGGUGACUUUUUUUUUUUACUAUCAGAACCUGAAGGCUAUAUUUUUAUAUCAUUUUACUUAAUCAGGAUUUGCAGAAUCCCUUUCCUUCAAUGAGAUAAUAAAAUCAAAUGUUUACUUUC